AUGCCAGAUCAGACCACCGAUCGGUCGGACACCAAGGAUACCAAGACGGAAAAUCAGACUGACGUCGGGAAUACCGAGCCGAAAACGGAAAAUCUGAACUGUCAAACCCAGAUCAAGCUCGAUACCGGCGAAGUCGCCGCUGAAGACCUCGAAGGAAACCUCACUGUCCUCCCCGAAAUCCCGAUCUCGACGACCGCGAAGGUCAGCAUCGAGGAUCUGCAGGUGGGAGGAGACUCCCGAUCGGCCACACCCGAGGAGAUCGAGAGGCUCCGGCAGAUCAUUUGGAAGAAACGACACCUCCUGAUCGGAAAAGGGAACGCCUUACCCCCGGCAGCCAAGGGCGUCGUGUAUGACAGCGAUGGCGGAAAUGCGAAACCCACUGCGAACCCGGAAAGUGCCCACGCGAAUUCGAGAAAUAAUCGCAGCCCUGAUCAAGGGCCUCCUGGCAGCCGAGAUCAUCCGACCCUCGACAUCGCCAUGGGCCUCACCGAUCGUGAUUGUUCGCAAGAGCAAUGGUGUGGAUAUCAGGUUGUGCAUCGACUACAAGUUGAUAAACAGCUCACGAGGUUGAUGGGCUACCCUAUGUCCUUGAUCAGCGAUCUGCUAGAAGAUCUUGAUAAAGCACUAGAUCGAGUAUCAUACCGACGUCCAGACGGUAAUCGCAUCGAUCCGUCGGCGAGGUCCCUCCGUACUCCGGCUGUGACCAUGAAAUCCAUGCCCAAGAUCGCGUUUUGUCCUGAAAGAUCUCCGAUCCAGAUGUCGAAAAAUACACCAGACAUCCCGCCAGAGUGA